AUAUAGUGGAUACAGGGUCCUGGGAGACCAGAUAUAGUGAAUGCAGGGUCCGGGGAGACCAGAUAUAGUGGAUGCAGGGUCCGGGGAGACCAGAUAUAGUGAAUGCAGGGUCUGGGGAGACCAGAUAUAGUGAAUGUAGGGUCCGGGGAGACCGGAUAUAGUGGAUGCAGGGUCCAGGGAGACCAGAUAUAGUGGAUGCAGGGUCCGGGGAGACCAGAUAUAGUGAAUGCAGGGUCUGUGGAGACCAGAUAUAGUGAAUGCAGGGUCCGGGGAGACCGGAUAUAGUGGAUGCAGGGUCCGGGGAGACCAGAUAUAGUGGAUGCAGGGGUCCGGGGAGACCAGAUAUAGUGAAUGCAGGGUCCGGGGAGACCAGAUAUAGUGAAUGCAGGGGUCCGGGGGAGACCAGAUAUAGUGAAUGCAGGGUCCGGGGAGACCAGAUAUAGUGAAUGCAGGGUCCGGGGAGA